CCAUCCUGAACAACUCUUCUCUUUAUCCUGAGCACCUCUCCUUCUCUCCUGACAGUCUAUCCUCAGCUACUCUAUCUCUUUGACUCUACACACCAACAACCCUUCUAUCAAUCCACUUCAGCACACCUAUUUUCCAGAUAUCUAGAUCCAAAAUGAUUACUCCCCCUCCUACUGGAAACCCUCUUACGGGCGGCUUCCCUGCUCUCCCCCGUCGUGGCCGCAAGCCAAUUCGUGACAACAUCCUGGGAGUCAGCAGACAAUCCAUCCGUCGUCUUGCUCGUCGCGGCGGCAUCGCUCGUAUCAAUAUCGAUAUCUACCAAGGGGUCCGACAGGUGAUUAAGGACCGCCUCGAAUUGCUCAUAAGUCAGCUCGUCGAGCUUCUCGAGUCGGGAAAUACCCCCGACCACGAAAGAACAAUUGUUGAUAGCAGAGAUGUCGUCUAUGUUCUCUCUCGCCUGGGAACCCCCAUGUACGGAUUCUGAACUCGACCGUUGUCUUCUACGCCUGGGUUCUAGUUCUUUGAACUUAGGUGUUUGUUGACUGAGGAUAAUGUUUGCGACGUU